UGAAAAGAGAGAAAACCAACAUGAGAUUAAAACAUCCAUUAAGCAAAAGAAGCCCAAGAGAGAGUCACUUUCAGCAGCUGUCUUAUUCUUUAAAAAAAUAUAUACACAGAGAAGGAGGGAAGAAGGGAGGGAGGGAGAGAUGGAUAGAAAGAAAGACAGAGUGAGAGAAGGCUGGGCACAACUGGGACAGUUCCCUCCAGCAGGGGAGUGUUUGAAAGAAAGGAGUAAAUGAUAAGAGACGACUGAAGGAGUGAGAGAGAGAGAGAGAGAGAGAGAGAGAGUUAAUAAAGAGUUAAAAGAUGCAGAGAGAUGAAAAGGGAAAGACAAUAACAGAGUGAACAAAACAGAGAACGGAGCAGAAGAAGAGAAAUUCAGCCGGGAAAUAUUAUAAACAUAGAAGACAGACCAAGAGAGGAUUUUGCUGCAACACUGACCUGAGCAGGAUUAUACUGUUUUACACUGUACUGCACUGCGCACACACACACAUGCGCGCUGAUGCUGACAUUAGCUAGAAACCAUUUGUGUGUGUGAUAUUUCUGAACAGAGCACACAGAGAGAGUGUGUGUUUACUCCAUACUAGAACCGCAUGAGUGAGUGUGUGUGUGUGUGUGUGUCGGACAGCCAUGAAGAGGAUGCUGGCUCUCUUCUGCUUAAUUUCACUGGCAGCACUUCUAACGGAUGCAUGGAGACCAUCUCAACCACGACUGCUCUUCCAACACUCAGAGCUGAUGCGGAGCGGCAGGCUCAAAUCUCUCUCUGUGCCUGCUGGAGAUCUGAACUCUCUGCUGCCGGAUGAAGACGGCCGUCGUCUUUACAUUGGUAUGAAAGACCAUCUACUGUCCACCAGCCUGGAUGAUAUUACUCAAACCCCUUGCAAGAUUUACUGGCCUGCAAGUCCAGAUCGGAUCCAGAACUGUAUCAUGGCUGGAAAAAACCUGCAGUGUCCUUUUCAUGUCACAGACGGACUGUGCAAACUUCCUGCGUGUGUUAGAGUUGUAUAACCAAACACAUCUUUAUGCCUGUGGGACUGGAGCGUUCAACCCUCGCUGUGCCUUCAUCCCCACCAACCUCUUCCUCAGGGCUGAGGAACAAAUGCUGCAGUAUGAGGACACAGAAUCAGGGAAGGGGAAAUGUCCUUAUGACCCUCACCAGAGAACAGCUACGGCCAUCAUAGACGGAGAGCUGUACGCUGGCAUCUCAUCUGACUUUCUAAGUCAUGAUACCACUUUUAUCCGUAGUCUGGGGGAGCGACAUGUGAUUCGUACUGAACAAUACGACUCUACGUGGCUGCAAGGCGCUGAAUUUGUACAUGUUGCAGCGAUGUCAGAGAGUGAUAACGAGGAGGAUGAUAAGGUCUACGUGUUCUUCACUGAGCGUGCCCAGGAGGCAGAGGGGACUGCUGGGAAGGUCCUCUAUUCUAGAAUCGCCCGCGUCUGCAAGAAUGAUAUUGGUGGUCAGCGUAGUUUGGUUCAUAAAUGGAGCACCUUUCAGAAAGCUCGAAUUGUUUGCUCAGUACCAGGACCUGACGGCAUACAGACACACUUUGAUAAACUCCAGGAUAUUUUUAUUCAGCGUGGAAAGGAAAAAAAGAAUCCCCUUAUCUAUGGGCUAUUCACCACAACCAGCAAUGUCUUGAAUGGAUCCGCUGUGUGCAUUUACAGAAUGCAAGACAUUAUUAGAGCUUUUAAAGGAAAUUUCCUUCAUAGGGAGGGUCAACAGUACAAGUGGACGGAGUAUACAGGCAAAGUUCCCUAUCCCAGACCCGGCACAUGUCCCAGCAGCACAUAUGGAGGGUUCAAAUCAACCAGGGAAUAUCCUGAUGAUGUCAUCUUCUUUAGCCGCACACAUCCUUUAAUGCAGGAAGUGGUAAAACCACUUGGGGGUCAUCCUUUGCUCAUCAAAGUGGGUGUGCCUUAUAAACUGACCCGCCUCCUUGUGGACAGAGUGGAGGGGGUGGAUGGUCAAUAUGACGUGCUGUUCAUUGGCACAGAUUCUGGCCUGGUUCUGAAAGUGAUUCACCUCCCUAAAGCCAACGGACAGAAUCAGGAGAUUACUCUGGAACAGCUGCAGGUUUUUAGGAACAAGUCACCAAUCACUGCCAUGACGCUGUCCAAGAAAAAGCAGUGGCUGUUUGCUGGAUCAGCAGAGGGUGUGAUUCAGUUGGGUCUGUUCCACUGCGAUUUGUACGGCCAAGCCUGCGCUGAAUGCUGUCUUGCUAGAGACCCAUACUGCACCUGGGAUGGUCAUUCUUGCAGCCCUUACAUGCCAACUGCACACAGAAGAGACAUUCGUCAGGUUAAUGAUGACGGCAACCCACUGAACCAGUGUGUCAGACAGGGAGCUGGUCUUCAGGUGGAGGCAGAGGAGAAGACAUUAGUUGUGGCCAUGGGUAACAGCACUUACCUGGAGUGCCUAGCCAAAUCUCACCAUGUCACAGUCACCUGGUUUAAAGACAUAGGCGAGAACAGCCUGGAGCAACAUAAGGUCACACCUGGGGAGCAGCUGGUCUUCAUUGACAGGGGCAUCCUCAUUCCCCGGGCUGAGCUCAAUCACGGUGGCGUUUAUCACUGUCAGCUAGAAGAACAUGGAUUCCGGUGGACAGCCGUUACUAUUCGUUUAAUUGUGUGGAGCCCCACAUUUGUCUCCUCUCAGCCAUGGUACCAGGAUGUGAUGGCAUUGAUCAACCACGGCAAACUGGAGCGACACUGCAAAGAACUGAGUCAGCGUCACAACAACAAGGACUCAGGGAAUCGCAAACAUAACAAACAAGACCGAAAGAGAGCAGACCGGCACAGGCACCGAGGACGGGCAGAGAAGGAGAAAGGAAAGGGGCGGAAGAACCGGAGCCAAAUGCAGAGUUCAGCACAGAGACAGCCAAGGAGCGCAUAGAACAAAUCGCGGGUGUUUACAAAACUGCUCAAAACAAAAGAAUACAACAAGACAUGCAAUAGACAGUAUAUUCACAGUACAUUCAAGUAUGCAUGGCAUCAUGUUAAAAGAGAUUUGCUUUGUUUCAAAACCUAAUGAGCUGUCUGUAUGCGGCAGCAUUGUCAAGCAACAAGCUCAAAAAUAUACAUGCAAGAUCGGGGAUGAAAAGAGAAAAAUGUUUAUAAACUUACAUUUCUUUCAGUUAAUUCAAAGAAGUAUAUCAGUAUUGAUUGUUCAAAAGUUUGGGCUCAGCAAGAUUUUUAAAAAUACAUUUGUUGUGCAUAAAAUUGCCUUAAAUUUAUCAAAAGUGACAGGAACGAAUGCGGUUAUUUUGAACUCUUUUGUAUUAUUCAGAACAACAUUUUUGGACAUUGAUAGUAAUAAGAAAUGUUCCUUGAGCACCAGAUCAAGAAAUAUUGGAGAGGCUGUGGCCUAAUGGUUAGCGAUUCAGACUUGUAAUUCAAAGGUUGUGAGUUUGAGUCUUGGGCUGGCAGGAAUUGUAGGUGGGGUAAGUGAAUGUAUGUACAGCACUCUCUCCACCCUCAAUACAAAGUGUGUGCACUUUGGAUGGGUUGGAUGCAGAGCACAAAUUCCAAGUAACAUACUUAGCUGUAUGUCACGUCACAUUUUUUCACUUUCAAAUUAGAAUGAUUUCUGAAGGAUUGUGUGAAAAUGAAGACUGGAGUAAUGGCUGCUGCAAAUUGAGCUUUACCAUCUCAAGAAUGAAAUACAUUUUAAAAACAUAUUAAAAGAGAAACAGUUAUUUUAGUUGUUUUACUGUAUUUUUGAUCAAAUUGAUGGUGAGCAUAAGACUUUAUUCAAAACAUGAAAAAAAUCAUACUCACCCCAAACUUUUGAACAGUAGUGUAAUUAAAAACAUAUUAUUUUCCCAAAAAGUUCAUCUGCGUUUUGACAUGCUAAUUGGAAACUUAAUUGCAUGUCAAGAAUAUUUGUGUGCUGGCCAGAAUUGUAGAGUGUUUCUAAUUUCUUAACGAGUUCAUUGAUGAGUAGAAUGCCGACUAUGUAGGCAAUGAGACAGCUCACUAGGUUUUGGAACAAAGCAACUAUCAGAAUCAUGUGAAGGACUGUUGCUAAGCGAAUCAAGAAUGAUCUGAAUUAGGUGGGGUCAAGAAGAAGUGUUUACUUUAAUAUUAAAAACUGAUUAUUUGAGGACUGUGUUAAGCAUAUUUUAACCUUUUAGGGCAAGAGAGUGUCCCCAAAUUUUCUUCUGAUGAACAAAAGAAAAAUCUCCCAAAGUUGGGGAGCAUCAUAAAAUUUCCUUUGUUUAAAAAGACUGUUGAAAUGUAUUUCCUUAUUUAUCUUUCAUGGUAUUUAUUUUCCUUGUGUUUUUGUGCUUUGUGUGUAUAUUGUCUUGCAUUUUAAGUGUAAAAAUUGUACAUGAUAUUAUUUUAAAAACAUUUGUGAAUAAAGUGUAAUUCUGUCUCUGACGCGACUCAUUAAGGUAUCGAGAGAUUUAUUUAAAUUAAUCAGCAAAAUUCUGAAAAGUUUCGUGGGAUGAUGAAUAUUGUGUUUCUCUGGGGAAUGAUGGAGGCACAAAGUGUGUGUUAUUUUACUGGACUAAAACAGCAGCUAUUUUCUCCUGCGCAUGGACAGAUGCACGACUGCCAAGAGUUUUAGCACCCGCCCUGAAGUGCCUCCAUUCAGAAUGAUGGAAAUUUGAAAAAUAAAUUAGGCAAAAUGGAUAUAAAGGCUUUAAAGUACUAUACAAAAACAGAGAGAAGAGGGCAGAUUAAAAUGCUGUCAGACCCACACCACAUGUCAGAGACAGACUGUAUAUGUUGGAGCAGAUCGGUUCACUGAGAGACUCAAACAAAACUUAAAUGUUGUUAACAGUCAUAAAAUACAUAAAAAAGAAUAUAUGUUUCAUGUUUUACAUUUGGUGAAUCCUGCUCUUAAUAAUUUAAACCUUGUGAAUCGCGUGACUAUGUCUUACCUAAAACUGUAAAUCUGGUUUUCAUUAAUGGACUCUGAACCUUGAAUAAAGUGUUUUGGAAGACUUUCAUGGAAUUGAGAGAAAAAGAACUGAAUUCAACAUUGCACUACUUAAUGUGUUCCAUUCUGUAAUUUUAAUAAAAUUCACA